AGCAUGGAAAGAGGUCACAGAGUUAGAUAAGAAGAAACAGGGAGUUGCUAUAGCCUUGUCCCUUCCUGAAAAUGAUGAGUCCAGGAUACGAGAAAAAGUGUUUGAUCAGCUGAACUUGGAGGAUCUUAAGGAAGAAACAGAGAAUAUUAGUAUGUUGCUGCAGCUCCAGACGUGGUUUGACUGAGCGACCACUGCAUAAUACUGGUAACAAUGGAGCUGGUAUUUAAACAUGUAAAUGUAGAGGUGGACAAGAAGUUAAUUUUGAACAAUGUGAGUGGACUGGCCAGUCCUGGGGAGCUGCUGGCUGUCAUGGGACCCAGUGGUGCUGGAAAGUCCACCCUGCUGAACACCAUAGCAGGUCGCAUUCCUUUAUCCUCAGGAACCAUAACUGUGAAUGGACACAGCAUUACCAAAGACCUUAGGAGAAAACUAUGUUAUGUUUUACAGCAGGACAUUUUCUUCUCCAGUCUUACACUCAGAGAAACAUUGCAGUUCACAGCCAAAAUAAGAUUACCCGACAAAAUGUCUAAUGAGCAGAUCACAUCGAAGGUUGAUGAAAUAAUCCAAGACUUGGAUUUGACGAGAUGUGUGGAUACAAUCAUGGGUGAUGUCUGGAUGAGAGGUUUAUCUGGAGGAGAGAAGAAAAGAGCCAGCAUAGCCUGUGAACUUGUCACUGACCCAGUAAUGAUUCUGUUAGAUGAGCCUACGUCAGGCCUGGACUAUAGCACGGCCUUCAGUCUGAUAGAAAUGCUGCGAUCUUAUGCCAGAGACCACAAUAAGACUGUUGUGACGACAAUCCAUCAGCCCUCCAGUAGCAUCUUCUACCAGUUCCACAAACUCCUGCUCAUCUCUGAUGGAGAGUUGGCGUACUUUGGAGACACGGGGAAAGUGGUUGAUUUUUUCCACAAAGCUGAUGUUUCUAUGGACUCCCAUUACAACCCAGCAGAUUUCAUAUUGGAAAAAUUAAAGGAAGAUGAAAAGACAAGAUUAAAAAUCGUUAGUGCUAUGGAUCAAAUGAGAAACAGUUCUAACUGGCCAGUAAAAUUAAGAAGCUCAGAAGAUUUGUUAGAUGAUGAAAUUCAACCUGAAACUGCACCCCCCGCGGACAUAAUGAUGGAACAGCCCUAUAACGAAAAAGACAGUGUACGUGUCAGUUUGAUUGAGCUGGACAAGACGGAUGACAAUACACAGGAUCAAAAAUGGCCCACUGGCUUCAUCACUCAAUAUACUCAACUGACAUUAAGAGGUUUCAAAACAUCAAAGUCCCAGAUUUUCAGCAAAUUCAAAUUGAUAGAAACUGUUACCUUGACUAUCAUUGUGAGCUUGAUCUGGUUCCAGCUGCCGAGAACUGAAGAAACGCUCAGGGACAGGAUGGGUUUGCUGUUCUACAUGGGCAUGCACUUGGGAUUCACACCUCUAUUUGACACAGUAAUAGCUUUUCCUUUAGAGCGGAUGGUGAUAACCAAGGAAAGGUUGGCGGGGUGGUACCGACUCUCGGCCUACUAUUUGGCUAAAAUGACCAGUGAACUAGUGCUUAUUCUUAUUCAGCCUCUGAUCUUCAUCACGAUCAUCUACUGGUGUGUGGGGCUAAAUGGAGUGUCAUCAUAUUAUGCCACACUGGGAACAUUGUGUCUACAUUCUUUAGCUGGACAGAGUGUGGGACUGUUCCUGGGAAUAGUGAGCAUGGACAUCAGAAAAGGAAUGACACAGGCCACCAUUUACAUCAUGGUUACAAUGUUACUCGGUGGAUUUUACACCAGAAGCCUGCCUGUCUGGUUGGACUGGAUGAAACAUCUGUCUUUCCAAUGGUAUACUUUCAGUGCUCUGUUGUAUCUGGAAUUUUAUGAUGGACCAGAUUUAAGGUGUGCUGUAAGGACUGCUGUCUCGGAGUCCCAAUUCAGCACCUGUCUGGACAGUAACUCCACUAGUAUCCCAUCCAGUGAGGUCCUGCAGUUCUACAGCAUCAAUUAUCCCUACUGGACAUACAUUCUACCAUUGUUUGCAUUUAUUUUCAUUUUUAGGAUAGCAGGAUACUUCAUUUUAAAGUUUAAACAAAAGCCAAAUCAAGCCAAGUGAUUAUUGUCAUCUUAUUUUUAAAGAAUUCGUCCCAGUACCAGUCCUGCCCCUGCACAAUCUGCCAUUGUUGCAUCCCAGUACCAGCCCUGCGCAAUCUGCCAUUGUUUCAUCCCAUUACCAGGCCUGCCUCCUGUCAGUCUGCCAUUGCUUCAUCCCAUUACCAGCCCUGCCUCCUGUCAGUCUGCCAUUGUUUCAUCGCAUUACCAGCCCAGCCUCCUGUCAAUCUGCCACUGUUUCAUCUCAUUACCAGCCCUGCCUCCUAUCAAUCUGCCACUGUUUCAUCCCAUUACCAGCCCUGCCCCUGCACAAGCUGCCAUUGUUUCAUCCCAGUACCAGCCCUGCCUCCUGUCAAUCUGCCAUUGUUUCAUCCCAUUACCAGCACUGCCUCCUGUCAAUCUGCCACUGUUUCAUCCCAGUACCAGCCCUGCCUCCUGUCAAUCUGCCAUUGUUUCAUCCCAGUACCAGCCCUGCCUCUUGUCAAUCUACCAUUGUUUGCUUUUAUACAUGUAUAUGUAGUGCGGUUUUAAAUGUUCUACAGUUCUUUUAUGGAAAGGUAACUGAGUAUUUCUGUAUUGAGGAAAUUUUGCAUCAUAACAGGUAGAUUAUAGUGUCUUUAAAGUUUGUUUUUUUUUUCAUUUUCUGGAGCAUGUAAUGUAUACAUGUAUAUAAGAUGGAGAGGUUAGAUAUUUAACAUGAUGUGAGCAUUCCAUUUUGAUAUAUUUAUAAGUAUUUACAUUUCAAGUGUUUUUGCCUUUGACAUCAUUACAGUUUUUAAUGAUAGCCAUUUCCUUGUGAAUGUGUGGCAGUUGUAAACAAUGCACAUAUGUAUCUUGAGGAGUUUAACAGCGGGGAAUUUUGACAGAAAUGAAAGUAGAUUCUGACAGAAAUGAAAGUAGAGUGUAACACACCUCAUGAAGUAUGAUGGUGUGAAGUGUCGCAGUUCAUACUAUCGGGGAUUUUCAAAAAUGAAAUUUAUUUCUUGAAUAGUAGUUAUAGAUAAAUUGGUUUUAUAUUUACACAGUUAUAUCCUCUUGCACAUGUUUAUUGUAGUGAUCGGUUUUAUAUCACUGUAAUGGGAAUCAUCAACACUUUUAGAUAAACUUUUGUUUUAUUACAAUUAUGUGGUGCAGUAUGAAAUAAGAAAGUUAGAAACUUCAAUGAACGGUGCAUCAUAUUAUUUUUUUAUAUAACAGUAUGUUUCUAACAGGAAUUGCUGUCCACAUGAUAAUCCAGUGGCCUUACAAUAGAUAUCCUAGAUAUACUCGUAGCUUUACCAUGGUUUUAACUAAUGAAACAAUAGGUGUGAAUUAUGUUUUGACGGUAAUAAUAAUGUGCUCUUUACCUGUGAUUUUCCUGCAAUGGAAAUAAGUGGGGUUUUUUUUAUUAAUAACUGAAUUUAACCUCUAUAUUAUAAAUCAUGUAUGUGUUUACAUUGAAUUCAAAAUGUAUACAUAGCUGAUUUUUACCUGUUUUAAAUAUGUUUUUAUUAUGAAUAUAUAUUUACCUUUUAUAACAGUGAAUUUCUGUUAUGAAUAUAAACGUAACUGAUCAUUUUUAAAGAACAUUUUAUUGAUUCAAUCAAUGCUUUGGGUCUCUUAAAAAGAUUUAUUGAUGAAGGCAUGGAUGAAAUGGAAUAUAUAGACUCAGCAUCUCAUCUCCUUCCUCUGGGUUAAAAGAAAAUGUUAAUACAUUAUGCUAUAUAUAUUUACAUAUGUAGUGAUAGUGCUGUAUGUUAAUACAUUGUGCUAUAUAUAUUUACAUAUGUAUUGAUAGUGCUGUAUGUUAAAUUAUUUUGUGGAAUAAUUUAGAUGACUAAGAAGCUUUUUGUUCAUAUUGUGAUAUGCAUGUAAAACCAGAAAUAUAAAAUGUUGAGAAUUCUAAA